AUGGCAACGGUCCUUGAUCUGCCGCCGAUUUUUCUGUUGCCCACGCACUUGGAUCCUGCUCGCCUCCACGACCUCGAGGAGAAAAUCCCAAGUUUGACUUAUGACAUUCACGAGGCGGAAAUAAUCCUCGGCAACAUCUCUAAAAAGGAGCGAGCUUUGUUUGAGCUGAGGCACAGGAAACUCCAGACGGAUCCAGUGGAGGUGGCAGACGUUGCCAGGUCCCAAAAACGGAAGUGGGAUGCGACUUUGAGCGACAGCGAUUCGACUGUAUACACCGAGGAUGACGAUAAGACGAGAGCAGGUCUUCCAGGACGUCCGGGGACAUCCUCCAAGAAAUUUCACGACGCCGGCAUCGUCCGGGUUGUGAAGCUGAUCUGGCUCACCAAAUCGCUUGGGGAGGGCCGGGUCCUCCCGAUCCACGAGUAUCUCAUCUAUCAAGGCCGCAAGAAGGAUGUUACUGAAUCGCCAGCUACUACCAAGGGCAAGGUCGCCAGAUUGCCCGGUUGUGGCACUAAGAUUGCCGAGCUGUGGCACGAAUGGAAGGACGUUGGCAGGCUCCGCGAGGCAGAUGAAACGCGAGCAGAUCCCAAGUUGUCGGUGAUACAGAUGUUUUAUGAGAUAUGGGGGGUUGGGGACACAACAGCUCGCGAUUUCUAUAGGAAGGGAUGGCGAGAGCUGGACGACGUAGUCGAGUACGGCUGGGACAGCCUGUCGCGUGUUCAGCAAAUCGGCGUCAAGUUUUACGACGAGUUCAAGCUUAAGAUACCUCGGACUGAGGUCGAGUCUAUUGCCAACACUAUCCUGAAGCAUGCACGCAAGUUCAGCCCCAACUACCAGAUGGUCAUUGUGGGUGGGUAUCGACGCGGCAAGCAGGACAGCGGGGACGUGGACGUGAUCCUCAGCCACCCCGACGCAUCUGCCACGCUUCAUUUCAUUGAGAAGCUCGUCGUGAGCCUGGAAAAAAGCGGACAUGUUACCCACACGCUCACUUUGAGCAAUCACAAUAGCGAGCGCGGUCAGCGACCGCUGGGUUGGAAGGGAAAUGAGGCCCGGGGAACCGGUUUCGAUACUCUGGACAAGGCACUAGUCGUAUGGCAGGAGCCAGUUGGGUUACAUACUCCCAAGUCCACCAUCAUGCCCGUCACGCUGCAGGUCCCUGACGAGUACGGUUACGUACUCCUCGUCGCCGCCUCGACCUUCUUCAUCAACACUACUCAUGUGCUCCUGACGAGCAAGUUCCGCAAGGCCAGCGGCCUCACUUACCCGGUGCCGUACGCCUCCAACGAGGCCGCCGAGAAGGACCGCAAGGCCUACAUGUUCAACUGCGCGCAACGCGCACACGCAAACUUUACCGAGAACCAGCCCUCCUUCCUCGGAGCUCUGCUGAUCUCCGGCCUCCGCUUCCCCGUCGCCAGCGCCGCCCUCGGUGCCGGCUGGUCCCUCUCUCGCGUCGUGUACGCUUUCGGCUACACAAGCGCCGCUGGCCCCGCAGGCCGUGUCCGCGGCUCCAUCGGAUCUUUCCUCACCGACACGGCUCUGAAGUUCACUGCCGUCUACACUGCUGUCGCCAUGAUUAUGGACUGGUAA